ACUGUCGAUGCAAUAAACGUCAACUGGAUUGGAAAACAUUACCUGUAAAUUAUACACUUUUACGAAAUAUAUUGUUCUUAGAAGUAAAAUACUUGAAUUAUUUAUAUAUUAAGCGGUUUCAUAGCUAGAAACAUAUAUAUUUCUAAAUUUUAUAGUGAACACUUAUUGGAACAAGCACAAAUCGUCAUUUAUUUGGCGAAUUUAAUUUUGAGCCACAGUUGUAACGUAUAAGCUUCCAAAACGGCUGCCAAUAGCAAUAACACUCCUUCUACUCGCGAAAUGGUCAUCGCUGAGUUUUUAAAAGGGUUACCUUCCCAUGAUCCGAAAAACUUUUCCCUAUACAAUACAGAACAUGGUCCUCGCACAUCACAGAAACGCCCAUCCGUCUAUUUACCAACAGAUGACAUACCAACGGAACAGCGCAUAGUGAUGGACAAGCGUUGUGUUCUGUUACGCUACUUGACGCAACAAUGGGACAAGAAAUCACUGCCAAAGAAACGUGAUCAUGCUACUAGUGAAGGCAGCGUCUCUGGCUUAUCUGCAAAUGCCAACUCAAAUAGCACCCCAUCCGGUUGCAAAAAACGUUCCCGUUUAGACUUUGUCGACAUCAAUUAAAUUGCGAUUAAAGUGUCAAACCCCAGCAUUUUUCAUCCAAUGUCUAUAUACGCAAUAAUUAUAUAUUUUAAUGAAUAGUAAAUAUAUUUAGCAAUAAUUGUACUGUGAGAUUAGCCGAAUCGUGAGAAUUUAGUGUAAGUUGGGCUUUAGUACCGAAAUUUUAUUUUUGGUCCACAAAGUCGCGGUGAUUAUUUAUAUUAAUUAAUUUGUACCAACUAAAUGUUUGUACUGUGCUGAGAAAUAGAAAACGUAUGUUAAAAAAAUGGCAUAUUUAUAGAAUAACAAGAAAUUGUAUAUUACUU